GUUGCCGCCAGUGGGUGCGUCCAAUAAUGACUGGGGGAUCCCUGCGAGUAACAUGACCAAAAAGAAGCGGGAGAAUCUGGGCGUCGCUCUAGAGAUCGAUGGGCUGGAGGAGAAGCUGUCACAGUGUCGGAAAGACCUGGAAGCUGUAAACUCCAGGCUCUGUGGGACGGAGCUGAGCCCAGAGGCCAGGAAGUCUCUGGAGAAGGAGAAAAACAGCCUGAUGAACAAAGCCUCUAACUAUGAGAAGGAGUUAAAGUUGCUUCGGCAGGAGAACCGGAAGAACAUGCUGCUCUCUGUGGCCAUCUUUAUUCUCCUGACCCUCAUCUACACCUACUGGACCAUGUGAGCCUGAGACUUCUCCAGAGUCAGCACGGGGUUCCUCCUUGGCCCCCUGGUCACAACCAAGCAGGCCCUUCAAGCCUCAAGACAACCAAGGUACAGGCGUAUUUCUCCCUGACCCCGACACUGGAUCAGGGCUGCCAGCCCAGCCCCUCUUCACUCCUGGUCCUGCUGUGGGGCCUGGGUCUCCAGAAGGACUUUGUGCUGAUUCCCCUCUCAGCCCAAGGGAGAGGCAAUAAAGAACAGCCAGGCUGCUUCUGUCUGCUGA